AUGUGUAAAGGUAUGAAGAAAUGCGAUAAAUAUGAAAUGUAUGGUGUGGGUGAAAGUUUUGUGGGCUCGGACUGCAAAACAUGCUGUAAAUUGGAAGAAUUAGACAGAAAAUAUAAUGAACAGCAUGAUAAGAUCGCCCAACUCGAACAACAGCUUGUAGAGCUUCUAAGCAAUAAAAAAUCAACAAGCGAAAAUGAAUUUGUGAAAAAGCAGUUUAAAGAACAGAAAUCACCCAACAAAGAGACAUGGACCACAGUUGUCAGAAAGAGUGUGGACAAAGAGUUGAAAGUUGUGCAAGAAACAGUCAAAAGUGUCGAAGAGAAAGUGGAACUAAAUGCAGAAGAAGGAAAACGAAAAGAACGCAAAAGAAAUAACAUCGUCAUCCAUAAAUUGACAGAAAACAACGCGUCAGAAGCAAAAGAGAAAAAUACGGCUGACAGAAAAUCUGUUACGUUUCUUUUUAAUGAAGUGUUAAAGAUUCCGUGCGAGAAUACGGAUAUAAAAAAAAGAGACCAAUGCAGAGAGCUAGUGAAGGAGUCAAAAAUUAGGCAAAGCAAAGAAACAUCGGGGGAAUUUAUUUUCAAGGUGAAAGGUCUACCAGGAGACAUGAGAAUUGUAAAGCUGAAGAAAUAUUAA